AUGGCCACUGGCGAUUCCAUCUUUUUCGCAGCGGCGCUUCUCUGUGACCCCACUGAAGGUGCUUUGCCUUGUGAAGUCCGACGAGUGUGGGGAAGCAUCGGAAAGCCUGGGAUGGCAAUGAUGAUCCCCCCAAAACAGCCUCAGAUCCGUGACACCAGGCAAGACUGGAGUGUUGUCACCCACAAUGCAUUAAACGAGAAGCUUGAGGACGCGUUUCAGUCAACUACUGUACAUCUCCUGUUUACCGACUACGUUCUUCCAAUCGACGUUGGUACUCACGGAAACAGAGAUUUUGAGCCCUUGAACCCAAAUAUCAUCCUCACCCUUGCCCUAAAUCCAGAGACAGAUCGUGUUCCCUACAUGUCAGCGCAUACUUCUCCGGUCGCGGAAGAAGCGUUGGGAGGUGAUGGGUCACCCUUACCAGCUGGCUGGAUGGCGAAGUGGAGCCCCAGCCACAAGGCAUGGUACUACGUCUUUUUUGCUACAGGAGCUACCCAGUGGGAACGUCCCUUGUUCCAACCCGAGCAACAACAAUACCAGACUAUUCAAGACCAGGAUCCGAAUGUCCCUACGAUUGAGAAUCACCCAACUACCACGGAAGUGAUGGCGGACAAUCAAGUCGUUGGGGAUGGAGAUCGCGGUCUGGGAAAGACUACACUGGCUAUUGGUGGAGGUCUUCUGGCCGGCUAUUCCCUUCGCAAUAAAUUUGAGAAGCAUCACGAGAGCCAUGGCCAACAAAAUGGGUUAGGGAAAAUGGCUCAGUCUGCUGCAAUCGCCGGCGCUGGGGCCGUUGGAGCCAAGAUAAUGGGUCUUUUUGGAAAUAAGCAGCAGCAGCAGCAGCCACCAGCACCACCUGUACAAGUGGCAACACAGACACAGAUGCAUUUCUAUCCAGUCUAUGUGCCUGGACCCCAGGUAUCGCCGCCGCAGCUCAAUCAUGGGCAACCUUCACCAAGUAGCUCCAGCUAUACCCACAGUCACACUGCUGAGACAGUUGGUGCGGCUCCUGGCAUACAAAGCUUCGGAGCGCCGCACCAGGUGGGAACUGCGCUGAUGUCUCUUCAAAGCACUACUUCUGUAGGUGCUUUCCAGCCCCAGAGUGGUCCACUGCUGCAUAUACAUGGUGCCGUAUUUGUAGACAAGGACGUUACACAAAUAGUCCGGAGCCUGGUGACCCAACAACAAACUCUGCAAACUAAAGGAGAUUCACUGAUUGAACAAUUUGGGGACCCAUGGCCUGAGGUCGAAAGGAAGAUGUUCAAUGUGCUAUAUUCUUACGGUGAUCGACCUAUGGAGCUUCUUGCCGCUGACACCACUUCGUCAAAUAUCGAAAUCAAUCAUGAGGCUCUAUCCAAGAAACGAAUGGAAUUUUGCCAGGCUCCACCAUCGCCAAUUAUUGCCGUGGUUUGGGGAUAUGAGAAUGUAUUGACACGGUCCAGGAUGGAACAGCUGGAGAAGACUGGUGAGUUGGAUGGUGGGGGUGAUACGCUUGGAGCAGAUAAGAAAGUUCUAGACUAUAGCUACACGAACUGCGUCAAGUCCGUCCUCUGGAUCUCCAAUAGUUCCGAGUAUUGCCCCAAGGUUAUCAGGAUCCUUAAUCAGUUCAAGGGAACCAUCAUCCGCGCUAAAGAAAUAGAACUUUCCGUCCAGCUCGAACAAUGUAUACGGUGCUCCUGA